AUGGGAUUGCGAUUUAAUCCACCGGAAAGCUUCAACUUUGGAAAUCCUUCGGAGUGGCCCGAAUGGAAGCAGCGAUUUCUACGAUUUCAAGAAGCUACCAAGUUAGGGAAAGAAGCUGAAGGCGUACAGAUAAGUACCUUGAUUUAUGUGAUGGGCAAAGAGGCUGAGCAUGUAUUUAAAUCGUUCGUAUUUGAUGAUGAAGAGGAUGCUAAAAAGUUUGCACCAGUCCUCAUGAAAUUUGAUGACUAUUUUGUGCCAAAGCGCAACAUAAUUCAUGAACGUGCUAAGUUUCAUCAGUGUAGACAGAAUCCAGGUGAGAACGUUGAAACUUUCGUUAGGAAUCUAUACGAGAUUGCUGAACAUUGUGAUUUUAAAGAUAGGGAUGACCAAAUCAGAGACAGAAUAGUGCUAGGGAUUCUAGAUCGUGAACUUUCUGAGAAACUUCAGCUUACAGCAGAUUUAAAGCUUGAAGGAGCUAUUGAGAGAGCGAGACAGAGCGAGAUGGUAAAAUCACAAAUUAAGGAUCAGUCCUUAUCCCACAAACACGUAAAAGGAGUCCGUAAAAGUACAGAUGGUACUAGCCAUAACAAUCACAGUCAACAACAAAAUCGGAGACGUCGUGGUCCACCCAAAAACACACGUCACCCUCCUAGUACAAACAACAGCACAGACCAGUUCCAAUCACAGAGCCGAUGUUCAAAGUGCAACUUGCGACACAACAAAGAUAAAUGUUUCGCCAAAGGGAAGCAAUGCCGCCGCUGCCAUGACACAGGGGCUGACACCUCAGUAAUCAGUGAAGGCACUUUUCGUCAACUGAACCAUUCGGGACCACUUGAAAAAGCAGAACCUCUUUUUGGACCAGGAGGAAGAUUCCAAUGUUUAGGGAAGUUCGAUGCUGAAACUACCCAUAAGGACAAACAUUACUUUUCCCCUGUGCACGUCAUCAGAGGUAACAGUAACCUGCUAGGAAGAUGUACAGCUAGUACCAUGGGUCUGAUUCUGAAAGUUAAUAAUGUACAGAUUAAUAUACCAGUGUUUGGGAGCUUUGGACUAGUCAAGUGUGACCCAGUUAAAAUUACACUCAAAAGAGAUUAUAAACCACAUUGCCUUACUACAGCUCGAAGGGUUGCAUUCCCCUUAUUAACCAAAGUAGAAGCUGAGCUCCGUCGUCUGGAGAGUGAAGGAAUCAUAGAGAAAGUGGAGAAACCUACAGACUGGUGUUCACCAGUGGUUCCGGUUGUCAAGAAAAAUGGAAACCUACGAAUAUGUGUUGAUUUAAAAAGACUGAAUGAUGCAGUAAAGAGAGAACACUAUAUGCUACCCAAUCUGGACGACAUAGCACCAAAACUUACAGGAGCACAAUAUUUCUCAAAGUUAGAUGCAUCCAGUGGCUUUUACCAAAUACCACUUGAUUCGGACAGUUGUGAACUUACCACUUUUAUAACUCCAAUGGGGCGUUAUUGUUUUAAAAGUGUUCCAUUUGGAAUUACGAGUGCUCCCGAGAUCUUUCAGAGGAAAAUGACCGAACUUCUUAAAAAUCUUAAAGGAACAGAAGUCAUAAUUGAUGACAUUAUAAUUUAUGGCACCAGUAAAGAGGAACAUGAUGCUCGCCUAGAUUCAGUAUUGCAGACAAUUUAUCACAGUGGUUUAAAGCUAAACCGUGAGAAAUGUGAAUUCUGUAAACCAGAAAUCGAAUAUUUUGGACAUAUUUCAGUGCUAAGGUCCGAUGAAGAUUUGCUUAAGACACAUAUUGCAUGGACAUGGGACUAUGCUCAAGAAGAAGCAUUCAACAGAGUGAAAGAACUACUCACCAACACACCUGUUCUUACCUUCUAUGACCAAUCGAAACUGAUAGUUGUAUGUGCUGACGCCAGCAGCUACGGACUUGGGGCUGCAUUAUUUCAGGAGGAGAAUGGAGAACUCAAACCAAUAGCAUAUUGUUCCCGCAAGCUUACAACAGCUGAGGAAAGAUAUGCUCAGAUAGAAAAAAGAGUGUUUAGCUGGACUCUGGGCCUGUCAAAAGUUUUCACGCUACUUAAUACAUUAUCAAGGAGCCCAGUGAGCAGUGAGGACACAAAAAAGUCCAGCAUAGUGGAGGAAAUUGAGUGUUACUCCGUUGCAGUUGAUUCAUUACGUCCAAUAUCUGACCGACUAUUGGGAAAGAUUCGUACAGCAUUAGAAUGUGAUCCUAUCCUACAGGAAGCUAUGAACUACACCAGGUUUGGAUGGCCAAGUCAUGUGACCUCAGUAAGAAAUGAACCGAGAGACUUCUUUUCAUCUCGUGGUGAAUUGUCCAUUUCCCAAGGGUUAUUGUUAUAUCGUAACCGCAUUGUUAUUCCAGUCCAUCUUAGACGAGAAACUCUUGAAGGUAUUCAUGAGGUACAUCUUGGAUUGAAUAAGUAUCGAGCUAGAGCACAAGCAUCAGUAUGGUGGCCAGGAAUCUCAAAUGAUAUUAAGAGCAAAGUCGCUUCAUGUAACUUUUGCCAGGAACAUAGACCCUCUCAGCCAAGGGAACCACUUAAGACUACUCCACUACCAGCAAGGCCUUGGCAGAAGAUCGCAGCAGACAUAUGUGACCUAGACGGGAAACAGUACCUCAUUGUGACUGACUACUAUUCCAGAUUCCUUGAAAUUGCUUACCUGUCAAACUUAACCAGUUCAGAAGUUAUCGUAAGAGUCAAGAAUAUGUUCUCACGUUGGGGUAUCCCAGAGGAGCUAGUCUCAGAUAAUGGAAGACAGUUCACCUCAGCUGAGUUUCAUUCAUUCGCAGAGAGGUACCAUAUUGUACAGACAUUUUCAAGCCCAUACUAUCCGCAAUCUAACAGAGCAGCAGAAAAUGCAGUGAAAAUUGCUAAGAUAUUGCGCCAAGAUGACAUCUUCCUUGCUUUGAUGUCAUACAGAGCAACACCCAUCGAAGCUACAGGGAUGAGCCCAGCAGAGAUGCUUAUGGGAAGGAAAAUCGGUACUCUGUUACCUGCUUUGCCAGAAACCUUGGAUCCUGCCUGGCCAGAAACUGAUGAUAUUCGUCUUCGCGAUGCAUUGUACAAGGAUCGCACAAAGAAUUCUUAUGAUCGUCAUUUCAAUACUCGUCCUUUGACAGAAAUGGAAGAAGGAAAUCAAGUAAGGAUGAAAACUGAUCAGGAAAAAGCAUGGUCCACUACUGGGACAGUUCGUCAAUGUGAUUAUGAUAAUCGCUCGUACGUGGUCGAAACAAGGGAGUGUACCGCAGAAAUAGGAGACACUUGCAACUUAACAAUGAUUUAA